AUGGCCGCCUCCUCUAUCGUCGAGUCUAUCCACGAGAAGGACACGGAAGGUCGCUACUCAAUGACCGCUCCGGAUAAAGCGAAUGAUCUCUCCAGGCAGCAAAGCCCCGCCGAUGCCAGCAACGAGAAACAUAGAUUAUCAACCGUGUCUGCCAUCCCCAAAGGGCCGGAUGAGGAGCAGCCAGAGAAACCAGCUGCAGAGAUCGUUAAACCCGUGUCAUUCUUUUCGCUCUUCAGAUCCGAGAUUGCGAUGGAUAUCGUCGGCCUUUUUGCCGCGGUCGCAGCAGGCGCAGCUCAGCCUCUCAUGAGUUUGAUUUUUGGAAACCUUACGGAAGCGUUCGUCACGUUCGGCACCACAGCUGCAGAGGCCGACGCGAAUCCUACUUCUACUAGUCAGGGGGAGCUCAAUGCUGCCGCUGCUAACUUCCGUAACACUGCUGCUCAUGAUGCGUCUUAUCUGGUCUAUAUUGGUCUUGGCAUGUUUGUUUGCACAUAUGUCUAUAUGACAUCCUGGGUCUACACCGGAGAGGUCAACGCCAAGCGUAUCCGCGAGCGCUAUCUUCAAGCCGUUCUUCGCCAGGAUGUUGCUUACUUCGACAAUGUUGGCGCGGGAGAGGUUGCAACGCGGAUUCAGACAGACACGCAUCUGGUCCAACAGGGCAUAUCAGAGAAGGUCGCUAUCUGUUUAAACUUCUUCGCUGCUUUCAUCACCGGUUUUGUUUUGGCAUACAUCCGUUCUUGGCGACUGGCACUCGCACUUUCGUCCAUGCUCCCGUGCAUCGCUCUUACCGGUGGUAUCAUGAACAGAUUUGUGUCUGGAUUUAUGCGACUUUCUCUUGCACAUGUUGCCGAUGGUGGUACUCUUGCGGAAGAAGUGUUUUCCACUGUUCGUACCGCACAGGCAUUCGGCAACCAGAGAAUUCUAUCGGAUCGUUAUGAUACGCAUAUUACCAAGGCCCGCGUUGCCGAUAUGAAGGCCGCUGUAUGGCAUGGAUGUGGUCUCGCUUGCUUCUUCUUUGUCAUCUACGGAGGAUAUGCAUUGGCGUUCGAUUUUGGCACUACGCUUAUUAACGAAGGUCAUGGGGAUGCUGGUCAGGUCGUCAAUGUUAUCCUUGCCAUUCUGAUUGGUUCCUUCUCUCUGGCACUCUUGGCCCCGGAGAUGCAAGCUAUUACUCAUGGUAUGGGAGCUGCGGCAAAGUUAUUUGCUACCAUCGACCGUGUACCUGCCAUUGACUCCGAGAGCGAUGCUGGUUCCAAGCCUGAGUCUUGCGUCGGCGAGAUUUCCUUUGAGCACGUCAAGUUCAGCUACCCUUCCAGGCCUGAUAUUCCCAUUGUGAAGGAUCUCUCCAUCACGUUCCCUGCGGGCAAGACGACUGCUCUUGUCGGUGCUUCUGGCUCUGGCAAAUCGACAGUUAUUUCCCUAGUGGAACGUUUCUAUGAUCCGUUGGACGGUAUCGUCCGAUUGGAUGGUCACAACGUCAGGGAUCUCAACAUCAAAUGGUUACGCCGUCAAAUCGGUCUCGUUUCGCAGGAGCCGACGUUGUUCGCAACUACCAUCAAGGGUAACGUCGCACACGGUCUCAUUGGUACCAAAUGGGAACAUGUAUCAGACGACGAGAAGAUGGCUCUCAUCAAAGAAGCUUGCAUCAAGGCAAAUGCGGAUGGUUUUAUCACAAAGCUUCCGAUGGCAUACGAUACUAUGGUCGGCGAGCGUGGGUUCUUGCUCUCUGGUGGUCAGAAGCAACGUAUUGCCAUCGCCCGUGCCAUUGUCUCGGACCCGAAGAUUCUACUCCUGGAUGAAGCUACCAGCGCCCUGGACACUCAGAGCGAGGGUAUUGUACAGAACGCGCUGGAUAAGGCUGCUGCUGGACGGACGACUAUCACAAUUGCCCAUCGUUUGUCAACGAUCAAGGAUGCCGACCGUAUCUAUGUCAUGGGUGACGGUCUUGUCCUCGAGUCCGGCUCGCAUAACGAGUUACUGCAAGACGAGAAUGGCCCAUACUCGCGAUUGGUCGCUGCUCAGAAACUGCGCGAAGCACGAGAGAAGCGCUCUACGGAUGAGUCUGACAGUGAUACCGUGGCUAGCGAACCGGGCGAGGAAGACUACGAGAAGGCAGCUGAGCAAGAAGUGCCUCUUUCGCGUGAGAAGUCCGGUCGGUCGCUUGCAUCCCAGAUUUUAGAGCAGAAGCAAAAGGAAAAGGAUGAAGCUGCCCAAGAGACUUACGGCGCGGUUUUCAUCUUUCGGCGUUUCUUUGGUAUCAACAAGGAGAACUGGAAAAUGUACAUGUGCGGUUUCUUGGCUGCAGCCUGUAAUGGUGCCACCUACCCCGCGUUCGGCAUAGUGUAUGCCAAGGGUAUCAACGGCUUCUCAGUGACAGACGAGAGCGUUCGCCGGCAUGACGGUGACCGUGUUGCGCUAUGGUUUUUCCUCAUUGCUAUCCUAUCUGCCAUGGCAAUUGGCUGCCAGAAUUUCUUCUUCGCAUCCACCGCUGCUCAGCUGACGAACAAAAUCCGCUCGUUGAGUUUCCGUGCUAUACUGAGACAAGAUAUCGAGUUCUUUGACAAGGAUGAGAACAAUACCGGUCAACUCACCUCCAGCCUGAGCGAUAAUCCUCAGAAGGUCAAUGGUCUAGCUGGUGUUACAUUGGGAGCUAUCGUCCAGGCAAUCGCCACUCUCAUCACGGGAACCGUUAUCGGUCUCGCUUUCGCUUGGAAAAUUGGACUCGUUGGUCUUGCUUGCACACCUGCACUUGUCUCUGCUGGUUACAUCCGUCUUCGCGUCGUCGUCUUGAAAGAUCAGCAGAACAAGAGAGCUCAUGAGCAUUCCGCACAACUCGCUUGUGAAGCGGCUGGAGCUAUCAGGACCGUUGCCUCGUUGACUCGGGAGGAAGAUUGCUUAAGGCUUUAUAGCGAAAGUCUGGAGCAGCCCCUGCAAAAUUCGAACAAGAAGGCCGUUUACACCAAUGCUAUCUAUGCUCUUUCCCAGGCUAUGUCGUUCUUUGUUAUCGCUCUAGUUUUCUGGUAUGGCUCUCGCCUUGUGUCAACGCAGGAAUUCACGACCUUCCAAUUUUUCGUUGGUCUCAUGAGUACAACAUUCAGUGCUAUCCAGGCUGGCAACGUCUUUUCUUUCGUCCCUGAUAUUUCCUCGGCCAAGGGUGCUGCUACAGAUAUCAUUACGCUAUUGGACUCAAUGCCUGAGAUCGAUGCUGAAUCGACUGAGGGUGCGACCCCCAAAAACGUUUCCGGUCGCAUCCGUUUCGAGAACGUCCACUUCCGAUAUCCUACACGCCCUGGUGUACGUGUUUUGCGUGACUUGAACCUCACGGUCGAGCCCGGAACAUAUGUCGCUCUCGUCGGUGCCAGUGGAUGUGGGAAGAGUACUACCAUCCAACUGAUUGAGAGAUUUUACGAUGCCCUUUCUGGUACUGUCUACCUCGACGAUCAACCCAUCACGGAGUAUAAUGUCAAUGAAUAUCGCAAGCACAUCGCGUUGGUGUCACAAGAGCCCACGCUCUACUCGGGUUCUAUUCGAUUCAAUAUCCUGCUCGGCGCUACCAAGCCUGAUUCUGAGAUAACACAAGAAGAGAUUGAAGAUGCUUGUCGUAAAGCGAAUAUCCUAGACUUCAUUAUGGGCUUGCCUCAGGGUUUCGACACGGAAGUUGGCGGCAAAGGCUCUCAGCUUUCAGGUGGUCAGAAGCAGCGAAUUGCCAUCGCCCGUGCCCUCCUUCGGAAUCCGAAAGUCUUGCUGUUGGAUGAGGCUACCUCUGCACUUGAUUCAACGUCAGAAAAGGUUGUGCAACAGGCUCUUGACGUAGCGGCGAAGGGCCGGACAACGAUUGCCAUUGCCCAUCGGCUAUCGACCAUCCAGAACGCUGAUUGCAUAUACUUCAUCAAGGACGGAGCGGUCAGCGAAUCAGGAUCCCAUGACGAGCUCCUUGCUCUUAAGGGAGGCUACUAUGAAUAUGUUCAAUUGCAGGCCCUCAGUAAGAAAUGA